AUGAAUUAACAACCCCUUUCUAUGGAUUCUAGCUAAAUUAAUCUAUUAAAAAAUUUAGAUGACAUUGAUGAUAUCUUCAAUGGACUGGCAUAGGAUGAUGGAGCAUAAUUAGAUCAAGAUUUUGAGGACUUUUUAGAAUGUUUCAGUGAUGACGAGGAUUCUGAAGAGGAAUCUAAUUAUAGACCAUUUCCAAGUUUUAGAAAUCCAAGUCCAUCAUUUUAAAUUUCCACCAUUGCUGAAUCGGAUUAGGUCUUAAAAAAAUAAACAGAGGAAAGACUAUUAGCUCCUUCUGGAGAUCAUUAGUUCCCAAUUUACGACGACUAAUAACAAGAGGACUCGAUUGAUGAAGAUGAUGACCUUUCUGAUUUUUUCGACAGCUUUGGUAUUAAGAAAUAGUUAAUUUAGAUAUUACUAACACAAAUUAAAAUAAGGAGGAUGAAGUAAAUUAUAUCGAAAUAAAAUAUUUUGAUGAGACAUACAAAAUACCAAUAUUUACGGCUAAAUUAUUUGAACCAGAGUAACCUCUUGAGGAUAGACUGCUUUUUGAAAAUACUGAAUUAGUUCUAUCUAAAACCGAAAUGCAUGAUUUUCACAAGCAUUUAGAAAGAAUUCUAACCUAAGUAUUGCAAUAUCAAAUAAUGAAAGGAUCAGAAAAGCAUAAAUGAUUUCACAUUUUCUGUAAUGAUUUUAAAAAUUCAAUCUGCUUUACUGGCUGAUCUUUUAAAAUCCUUUCAAAAAGUAUGAAUAAAAUAUGAUAACUUAGAUGAAAGAUUUUUAGCAAGUAUGGCUAGAGGUAUCUCCAUCAUUUAUAUGCUAAGAAAAAGUAACAUAAUUUGGAAGGUAGUUGAAAUUAUUUUAAGAAUCAGUCAAUUAUGUGAUUGACAGUAAUUCCAACAAGAUUACAAGUCGAAGAUUUUUUGAUAAAUAAAAGCCAGCAUACUUUUAGGAUAAAAAGAAGGAUAACAAAAAGAAAGAAUUAACCGAGGAGGAAAGGUAUAAAUAUAUUUAAAAAUAGAAUAUUGGAACUUUAAUAGAUACCGUAUAAUUAGAACUUCAAUCCUUAAUCCAGUUUGGUUAGCAUACUUUUUUUUAAGGCUUAGGCUCUAUUUGAAUCGUGGUUACAAUUCUUGCAUCACAAAAAGAAUUCUGAAAAAUAUAAGGAAGUAUUAAUAUUGAUUAUUACUUCUCUAGAUUUCAAAUAGAUUUAUUCGGUUAUAUGGACACUGGAAAACGGUGAAAUUAUUAAAAGAGUUCGUGAACUUCGUUGCAAGAACAAAACAGACCUACAUGAAACAAUUAAAAGGAGAUGAUCAAUAAUAAGAUCUGAAAGAUGAAUUAAAAUUUUACUAGAAUUUCUUAUCCAUGAAGACUUUAGGAAUAGUUAAUAAUUUGACUAAAUCUUCGACCUUGAAUUUAAAUGGUGGUAAAUUUAAAGUUAAAGCUCUAAGUUAAAUUAAAGUACCUUAAAAAUAAAAGUACAUUUCGUAACAAUUUCUAAAUUAUACUUAAGAACUAUAUUGA